GCCACAACGAGUCACAGGUUCCACUCUAACAGAGCGCAAUGGAGGCUCUUCUGUACAAAUGGAUUCUAUUGGGUUCUCUGAUGAUGUGCCACGCCUAUGUCACCUUUACGAACCUCAAGUGCGAUAUAAUGGACAAAUCCUUUGGGGAUAUCAAGUGCCACAUCAAGGCAGUGAAUCGCACCCACAAGUACAUUGAUCUCACGGCGAAACUGUUCAAAGUACCAGUGGAAAAUGUCACAGUCAACUUAAAACUAAUGCGCUACGAUCAUGGCUAUAAGCCGUUCUUCAUUGAUGUGACCUACGAUGCCUGCAAAUUUAUGGAGAACCAACAGAAUCCCUUCGCAAAAACCUUCUACGAUACAUUUAAGAGAAACUCCAACGUAAACCACACAUGUCCCUAUAAUCACGAUAUUAUUGUCGACAAAUUGUAUACCGGGAAUCUGGAGUCGGAUGUCAUCAAAUAUAUACCAAUGCUCAAUGGGGAUUAUGCCCUCUUCACCGAAUGGUAUACGAACAAAAUAAAUCGCGGCCACGUAAAGGUAUAUUUCAGGCUGUCCGGUUCGACAGCUGAUUGAUCAAUCAGCGCAGUCAAUCAAUCAUAUAAUAGUCCCCUUUCU